AUGACAGGUGUAUAUCAUAUGCAUCCUCCAACAGAUGUCUGCCUUAAUAAAUCCUGCAAAUAUACAACAUCUCACUUAGCAGGCCAGCCUUUCAGGCUAGCAAACUCCAGCCCUGUUCAUGUGGUGUAUCAUUCUCGAGAGCAUGGCCCUGUUCCCGCAGUCCGGUAUAGCACACACUGCCCCAAUUGUCGCAUCAGCUACUACCCAGACUACUAUGUGGAUCCUGCAACACAUGACCGGGUGUACUAUCUUCAAAAGUCUCCCCGGGUUAUCCAAAUUGCCACACACGAAUAUAUUGAAGUGUCUCUUUGUGAGCGAUUUGCAAAUUCUGCCUCUGCUGCAUGCAACAACUCCAGAAUAUACAACGCAGAACAUGCAGCUGCCAUCUCCACAUUUCCAUCUAGCUGGACAAGCAAUAAGCCUCCGCUCACUCCAAAAUUUGUCUCAGAUGCCUUUUUUCUCUCUGCACUUCUAAAAGAUCACCAGGAGCGAGGAGAUGUAUUGAAGCUCAGCAAUGAUGGCACUCAGGCUGUACGGUUAGACAGUGUACUGCAGGCGCGGACAAGGAGACUAGCAGGGCCUGGCAGAGAGAAUUGGGGACAUAGGUGCUUGAGAUGCAGUUGGGAAACACGUGAUGUGCACGGGAACAUCUCGGUGGUAAUGGACGGUGUUACUAUUGGGAGGCCCUGUUGCGGAAUCAAGGACUGCAAGAGACCACUGCCUACCCAGAGAGACCACUUUUGCACGGCACAUGAAAGAUAUAACCAGAUCUGUGUGGUUCUGGUAUGCGACCAGCCCCGAACAGAUGGCUUCAAGACUUGCUCCAAAGAGGACCAUCGACGUUUGGAGAAGAUAUACCAACCAUCAGCUUACUUUGUACUUAGAAGACGGCUUCGCAAAACUGGAAGCACCACAAUAGAGGCCGACGAAGACACUAAUGAGACAACACCGGAGUUAGUAGAGGUGGACGCUGAUGGGGAGUGCGAGGAUAUAAUGGAGACAGAGGAGGAGCAAAGGAUGAAUGCAGAUGCCGAAGAAGCUGUUGGAGGUGACCAACACUGCCCAUCGAAGCCUGACGAAGGCAACAAAGCCCCACGUGCACGUUUUGGUCGCCGCCGUACCCACAAUGAACAACUGGUGGUUGCUUGCUGCGGUGUCAUUCUAGGUCGAGCUACCUUUUAUGGUUCAGAAGCCCCUCAUGGUGCUCAGCACCUCCAAGCAAACAGGGUUUCACACUUCGACAAAUGUGCUUUUCCAGUAGACGCAUUUCACGCCAAAACCAAGCACAAGGAAUCAGACGCAUUCUGCAACACCCACUGCAAUGCCGCUCGUUGGCCUGAACUUCGUGACGGAGACAAGUGGCGGUUCAACUCGUCUGCUGCAGAGAUGACUAAUGCUUGGUUUGGGGGUUUUCAAGCCAUAGUUCGAGAGAUGAAGGAGGAGAAGUAUGACUUUUAUCUAGACGAGAUGAUCACCCUCAGGAACAGACUCAUUUGUGCAGAGCUGGCAGCCUCAGGUCAAAACCCUAUUGCUAAUGCUGUAAAGCUGUAG